AUGGAUCCUAAUCAAAGCCAGUCCUCUGGCUUUAUAAACUUACUAAACAGCCAACUCCCUUUUGAUCAACACCGAACUCAGUUUCUGAUUUUUUCACCUGCACCACCUGCACAAACUGUUGGAGGAUCUGCUUCACCUACACAAACUGUUGAGGACCGUAAGCAAAGGUGGGGGAAGAUAAAUGAAGGAGUCUGCAAGUUUGUGGGGUCAUUUGAAGCUGCCACAAAACAGAGGAGUAGUGGCCAGAAUGAAGAUGACGUCUUGAAAGCGGCACAUGAGAUAUUCUUCAACGAUUACAAUGUGAAGUUCUCAUUGGAACAUGCGUUGAGGGAGCUUAGGAAUGAUCAGAAAUGGUGUGGGACUCAAGGAACUAGUCAACAAAUCUCAGGUUCAAAAAGAAAGAGGGUGGGGGAAGAACAAUCUUUUCAGUCAUCAGCCUCUAUGCCAAGUGUUAAUGGGGAUGAUGAAGCUAUGGAUAGGCCUAUUGGUGUUAAAGCUGCAAAGGCGAAGGCUAAAAGGCCAGUGGGAGAAGAUCAGAAGAUUGCGCAUGGGUUUAAGGAUAUGAUGGAGAUGAUGAGCAAGGACUUAGCUUUCAAGGAUAAGCUUAGCAACAAGAAGCUGCUUGACAGUUUGAUUGAAAAAAAAAGAGCCACUUACUGA